UUGAUUAUUCACAAGCCAAGGCAAAGACUGCAAUAAAGAAGUGGUUUUUAGUGUAUUACUCUCAUUCUCAGCUCUUCGAUAAUGGCGAGUUCACCGGCUCUUGUUUCAUGGCUGGUUCUAGUUUUAACCCUUGCAAUGGCAGUUUCAACGACUCAAGUCGAAGCUGCCAGGGCAUUCUUCGUAUUCGGUGACUCGUUGGUCGACAAUGGCAACAAUAAUUAUCUAGCCACCACUGCUCGAGCCGAUUCACCUCCUUAUGGCAUUGACACUCCGAGUCGUCGCCCCACUGGUCGCUUCUCGAAUGGCAAAAACAUACCCGAUUUCAUCAGUGAAGCACUCGGUUCGGAGCCGCUACUGCCGUAUUUGAGUCCGGCACUCAAUGGAGAUAGGCUACUUGUUGGUGCCAACUUUGCUUCGGCUGGUAUUGGUAUCCUUAAUGACACCGGAAUACAAUUUAUAAACAUUAUAAGAAUGUUCAGGCAAUUUGAAUACUUUCAAGAAUACCAGGGCCGGUUAGCUAACCUCAUCGGUACCACCGAAGCACAGCGGAUUGUAUCCGAAGCUCUCGUACUCAUCACCGUCGGCGGCAAUGAUUUUGUGAACAACUACUUCUUGGUCCCAUUUUCCGCAAGAUCUCGACAAUUCAGUCUACCGGAUUACGUUAGAUAUCUUAUCUCCGAGUACAGAAAACUUCUAAUGAGACUGUACGAACUUGGAGCGAGGAAGGUUCUGGUGACCGGCACCGGACCAUUGGGUUGUGUUCCGGCCGAAUUAGCCAUGCGGAGCCCGAAUGGUCAAUGUGCAGCCGAGUUGCAACGAGCUGCCGGCUUGUUUAACCCACAACUGGUUCAAAUGAUAAAUGGACUCAACAGUGAUCUUGGUGCUAAUGUUUUCAUUGCUGCUAAUACACAACAACAAACCAAUGAUUUCAUUAGCAACCCCAGAGCCUUUGGAUUUACUACGUCAAAGAUAGCAUGUUGUGGGCAAGGGCCUUACAAUGGACUAGGAUUAUGUACCGUAGCAUCUAAUUUGUGCCCAAACCGUGACUUGUAUGCCUUUUGGGAUCCGUUCCAUCCGUCGGAGAAGGCAAACAGGAUUAUCGUCAACAUGAUAUUGAGAGGGUCGACAAAUUACAUGAGUCCCAUGAAUCUAAGCACUUUAUUAGCAUUGGACACCAUUCCAGGGACUUAGUUUAAAUUACUUACAUGUUCUAAUAAGGAUAAUAAAGGGAAAAAGAACAUCUUGUCGGGUAUUUGCUUAGCCAUGCAUUUCUGUUGUGUCCUUCCUGAUGCUUUGGUUGUAAUUAAUCAAUAUUUCUUGGUGAACUGUAAUGUAAUGUUUUAAUCUAUACUUAUAUUUAAAGUUUUGACUAGUUGGUGUUAUGAACCAAUUAGACAUCAACUUAGUUGGAAAAUUAUUAAAA